GGAUUUAAACGACUAUGCGCGUCACUCGCUCGACGCGAUUAGACUAAAAGCGUUUAAGGUUUCCUGGUGCGUUUAGACGGCCCGUCGAUAGAAUUCGGCAUCCUCGACUUUGUCCCGCUUAUCAGCGUAACGAAACGCGGCACACGUGCAUCAAAGUGAGGGAGAAAAUUAAAAGCUGAUUUUUCAGUCUCCUUUGUAAAAUGAGUAACGCGAUAAAAAUGGACUGGCUCAGCUCCGCCGAAGGCGAGUCGUUACUACAUCACUUUUACGCUCGUUCGACUAAUAAGAGACGAUUUUACGGCAUAUUAGAAAGACCACCGAUACCAUCGUCGAUAGAAGAAGUCUCGUACAAAAUAUUCAUGGCAGGAAAAUCGGGUGUCGGAAAGACUUGCGUCGUGUCGCGUCUUUCCGGAAUAAAAGGAUCAUCGUCGAGCGGAGUUUACGUCGAAACGAACGGUAUAAAAAGAACGACGAUAUUCUGGCCUGUUAAAAUAUGGGACAAGGUUGUACUGUUCAAAUUGCAAUUCUGGGACGCAUCUGAGAACAGCAUCAAAAAGUACAGCCACAUUUUACCCGCCUGCAAAGACAAAGUCGACGCGAUUUGCAGUGUAUUUUCCUUCGACGAUACGGCGACUUUCAACGACCUUCCACAGCUGAUGAACUCAAUGGCAGCGACGAAAGAAAAACCAGCUAGCAUCGUGGUCGGAACAAGGUACAAGGUUUGGUCGACGCUCGCCGUGUCCGAUGUGCAGGUUAAAGAAUUUGAAGACAAGUGGAAAGUGAAAGUGAUAAGAAUAGAUACCAACAAGGCGGUGGCGAGACCCGAAAUCUUCGAUUGCUCCUAUCAGCUGAACUGGAUUUGUUCGGCGCUUUGGGACAGAGACCAAGAAUUUAUAUCCAAACAAGUCGUACAAGUUUGAUUCGACCGACAAGAUAAAGAUUUUAUUACAACAAUCACA